UGGAAGCCAGGAGCAAGCACAUGUGCACUGAGCCAAAAAAAGAGAGAAACACACACAACAGGAGCCGCAGUCUGCUGUGCUCAGUGGAGGGAGGCUUGUUUUUGUGGACCUUAAUAGAGAAAGCUGCGCUGUGUGAGCUGCUGCUCAAGAUUCACUGGGAGGCAGUGAGGAAGGAAAUGGUGGGAGGCAUUCGGUAGUGGAUGAGGCUCAGACUGAAGCUGCCUUGACAGGGCUUCACUUGCAGCAUUGGAAUCCGCUCAGUGUGACAACUGUGGCUUUGGGGGUCGGAAGCUGUACAUUUGCACCGAGGAAAGCAUGCCACAAACAAGAACCUUUGCAACUAUGUUCAACAGUCGAGGUUACAAUCGGCACCUGUACUUAUUGAAAGAGGACAACUGCGGGGGCCUGUUUUACCAUGAGAACAACCUUGUUUCGGGAUCAUUGGAGGCGCUAAUCCAACACCUUGUGCCCACAAUUGAUUACUACCCAGAUAGGACAUAUAUAUUUACCUUUCUGCUCAGCUCCCGUCUCUUCAUUCGGCCUUAUGAGCUCUUGGCGAAGAUUUGCCUCAUGUGUAUUGAACAACAGAGACUGAAUGAAGCAGUUUUAGAUAAGGGCAAAAUAAGAAAAUUUACACCAAAAAUAGUGCAGCUGUUGAUCGAAUGGACUGAAACAUUCCCCUAUGAUUUUCGGGAUGAGAGGAUGAUGAGAAAUCUGAAGGACAUGACCCACAAAAUAGCGACUCUGGAUGAGUUGCAUCGGAAAACUAUGCAUCAAAUGACGCAGAGUCUGAUUCGGAAGCUCACCACCCUUAACCAGUACGAAGACGUUCUGUCAAAAUUAAACGCAUCUGUCACCGAUAGAUUGACCGUCCUAAAGACCAAACCCCAGUCCAUUCAGAGGGAUGUAGUCACCAUCUGCAGUGAUCCUUAUACUUUAGCCCAGCAGCUAACUCAUAUAGAACUAGAACGGCUCAGUCAUAUUGGACCUGAGGAAUUUGUGCAGGCAUUCGCACACAAAGACCCUUUGGACAACAACAAGACCUGCUUCAGUGACUUGAAAAAGACAAGCAACCUGGAAGCAUAUGUGGAGUGGUUUAACAGACUCAGUUAUUUAGUGGCAACAGAGAUCUGUAUGCCCGUGAAGAAGAAGCACAGAGCGCGAGUAAUAGAAUAUUUCAUAGAUGUGGCUCGGGAGUGCUUUAACAUCGGCAACUUCAAUUCCCUGAUGGCAAUUAUAUCUGGAAUGAACAUGAGCCCUGUCUCCAGACUCAAGAAAACAUGGGCAAAAAUCAAAACUGCCAAGUUUGAUAUUCUGGAGCAUCAAAUGGAUCCUUCUAGCAACUUUUACAACUACAGGACAGCUCUACGAGGAGCAGCACAGAGGUCUCUGACAGCUCACAGUAACAGGGAAAAGAUUGUCAUUCCAUUCUUCAGCCUGUUGAUCAAGGACAUUUACUUUUUAAACGAGGGCUGUGCAAACCGCCUUAUGAAUGGGCACAUCAAUUUUGAGAAAUUCUGGGAACUGGCAAAGCAAGUGAGUGAGUUUAUGACCUGGAGACAAGUUGAGUGCCCCUUUGAGCGUGAUCGUAAAAUCCUUCAGUACCUCCUCACAGCUCCGGUCUUCUCUGAAGAUGCACUUUACUUGGCUUCCUAUGAGAGCGAAGGACCUGAGAACCAUAUUGAAAAGGAGAGAUGGAAGACUCUAAGGUCAACACUCCUAAGUAGGGUUUAGCGUGGAUGUGUACCACUGUGAAAAUGGCUCCAGAUGUGACAUGUUUUGCACUAACUGGCCUUUGAGAAAUGGGAUAGUGCAGCAGGUUCGGACUCCCAUGUUAAGCACCAAAGAAGAUGGAUCUCAGUGAGAGCAAAACAGACAUUGGAGGACCAUGUUUCAUCGACUCCAGAGCAAAUUGAAGUGUGUACUUU